GGCGGUUGAGAACAACAUGCACUCAGUCCCAGCAGAGCGUCAAUGAAGGACUGUUCUCCGUCCUGCCCGGAGUCACAGAUCAUGCUGUUUGUCUGGGAGGAAACAGCCUGAGACCCAAGAUGAAGGCGGAGAAGAAGGCCCCUUCGAUAUCCAAAAUCGCUUCCCAGGUUCUAAUGCUCGUCGUGUGUCUCGCUUCCUUCAGUUCAACCGGGGUGCUGGCCGUGAACAUGACCGUCCCCAACGCGCUCAUUCGAGGCACGGCGGGGGGGGAGGCACUGCUGUCCGUCAGCUACAGCAGCUCUAGCCUCGACCUGCCGGUCAUCAAGUGGCAGCUCGCCAGGGAAAAGUCCGUCACCGUCGUCCAGUCGAUCGGAACCGACAUCAUCGGGACCCUGAGGCCCGAGUAUCGGGACCGCAUCCUGGUGUUUGAAAAUGGGACUCUGCUUCUCCACAACCUCAGGCUCUCGGAUGACGGAACGUACGACGUGGAGAUCUCCAUCACAGAUGACACCUUCCCGGGAGAGGGCACCAUCACGCUCACCGUGGAUGAGGCGAUAUCCAGGCCCUACAUCCACACGGAAGCUCUAGCGGUACUGGAGCUCAGUGAAAACGUCGUCCUCAACUGCUCCCACGACAAUGGAACCAGGACGGCGUACAGGUGGUUCAAAGGCGGAAAGCCGCUGACCAACGUGACGAGGUUCACGCUGUCGCCGGAGCAGAAGUUCUUGACCAUCACACGGGUUUUGAUGGCGGACGAUGACGUCUACAGCUGCGCUGUGGAGAAUCCAGUGGGAAACGUGACGAGCCUGCCGAUCCGGCUGACCGUCUACAGAAGAAGUUCCCUCUACAUUAUCCUUUCCACCGGAGGCAUUUUCCUCCUCAUCUCUUUGGUGACGGUGUGUGCCUGCUGGACGCCUACCAAAGAGCAAAGACAUCCAAGUACAAAGCAUCUCUCCAGCUUUUAUGACCACUUGGACGACUCACCGCUCAGUCAAACAGCUGAUGAGCUUCCAAAAAGGAAAAAGCACAAUGGGAUAAAUGCUGUGACUUCACUUUACAUCCUGCAGCAAAAGGACCCUUCGACGGACGACUCAUCCAGCAACAGCGUUGGAUCCCCUGACCUGGAAAACCCUCCGUGCUACAGCAGUUCCCCCGACCACGGCGGACGUCUGAGCCCGCCUAACGGGCCCGCUGCCUCUUCCCCACACAGGUGUAUCACCUGAGAGCCCGCCAGUUUAAACGGGUGGGAGGUCGGUCCUGCCGGGUGCUCCUUCUGUGACACGGGGGAGGCAUCUCCCUGCACGUUGGCCUGGAAAUUUUGGAGAGAUCGCCUUUCGAGAGCAGGGGAAUUUACAAUAAUGUGAUGACUGCCUGUUGAUGUGAGUUUUCAUUAAACCAAACGUCGAUGUAGUUUGAAGCCCAGCCUUGUAGAGUCAUUCUAAAUGAUCCCCAAAAAAACAUGAAAUUUGUUUUUUAUGACUAAGAAAUGAUGGAGAAUUCCUCCGUUGUUUCUAUUUUAGUGUGUUUUUGUCUCUUUUGUUGAUGAAAGGAAAUCAAGCUUUGUAACAUUUUGUUAAAUAGUGUAAAUUAUUGAUGAGUUAAUAGCAUUUGUAGGUGUCAGACAGCAAAGACCAGACGAUGGAGAGUAUUUCAAUUUUAUACAUAAAUAAAAUGUUUCUUGUACUGUUUCCACUGUAAGUCUUAAUUAAAAAAAACGACAACAUUA